AUGCGUACGGUCCUGGUGAUCCUGCUGGGGUGCUGCCUGUUGAGCAGCUGCCUGGCCGAACAGCAGCUGCAACAGCUCCAGCAGCAGCAGCAGCAGCAGGUCGUCCAGCAGCCAACGGGCAACGUAAUCGACGAGCCGAGCGAUGAGGACGCGCCGUCGCGCGAUCACGAGAAUCGGUUGGACGAGGUGGACCAGCGCGGCUUGCCGAUCUACACGACCCUCAACGGCUCGGUGACCAACCUCAACGAGAUCCUCUCAACGAUCCACUUGAAUCGCACCGAGGCGACGCUCAACUGCUCCCAGGGCAGUAUGCAGGUCGACCUGCAGUUUCAGGAGGCGUUUUAUGGACUGGCGUACGCCGAUUUCGACAGAAACAGCGCGUGCAUGACCAAGGGCCGGGGACUCGACACGGCCAAGAUCGAGCUCCCCCUCAAAGGUUGUGGAACAAUCCAGGGUCCACCUCGGGUCUUCACCAACAACAUCGUCGUGCGCUUCCAUCCGUUUCUCGAGAUGGACGGCGAUGAGGUCAUAACGAUCGUCUGCCGGUAUCCCCCGGCCAUUUCGAAAGUCGAGCCCGCCAUACCCGACCAGCGUAUAGGCCUGCCUCCGUCACCGCCGCUGUUGAGCGCAACCCACAUGCUCCUGAUGAUCUGCACCCUGCUCUUUCUCACCCUUCUCCUGCUGGGUCUGGGCUGCUCGUACAUGUGCCUGAAGGGCCGGCCCGUCUCCGUGAUUCACCGUACGAUCGCCAGCUCCGAGAUCACCAAGAUAUCCGGGUCGACCGAGGGCCUGAGCCACCGAUCGCUGUUUGACGACUUUAAAAUCCCGAGGAUCGGUGGCACCCAUCAGGCCUACGGUAGCGAGACCCACCUCGUCGAGCACUCGGACACGCUGCCCAGCGACUACCCCAGCGAGAGCCACUCGGAGGUCGACGAAGAAAGAUCCCUACCCGUAUCCUCGGCCGGCUCAUACGAGACUAAAGCCUUCGUGCAUCCCCAGGUGGAGCAGCGGGCGUCGAGUUCCCUGUACUCGGAGACGAUCAACGAGAUCGAGAGCACGGCGGUGACGGCGUCGCGCGUGGUCGGCCAUCAGAGCCGGCACGGGGUGGCCAUGCACCUGGAGCCCAAGUUCGACGUGCAAAUGCGGGUGAAGCAGGCCCCGGCACCACCGAGUCCCCUGCCAUCCGAGUCCGAGGCGAGCGUGGCCCUCGAGCGCAACCUCACCACCAUCCUCGAGCGCGAGGAGAGCAGCCGCACCACCACCGACGCCCCGCCGCCCAAUCGCCUCACGAGCUUUGCCUACGUGCCGGAGCUACACGCGCCCCCGAGCACCUCCAGACAACAGACGCCGCCCGUCUACUCGAGGAUCCUGCGCAAGCAAGCCGAACGCGAGAGCUUCGACCUCGACACCGAGCGCACCGAGACGAGGUCCCUCACCGAGGUGACCGACGCCACGCACGCCAAGUACCGGGUCGCCAGCAUGCUGGCCCCGAGCAGCCCGCCCGGCUCCACCCACCGCCACCACCACCACCACCAGCUCGUCACCGAGGAGCAGGAGACCCGCGAGGAGACGGUCGAGCCCCUCGUCGAGCCCGUGGUGUCCCCGAGGCGGCCCGAGAUCACGACCCACGAGGUCGACGACGUCUUCCUGCGCACCGUCACCGAGAAAAAGACCAUCGAGGACAUCGAGCGCCACAGGCGCCAAGUCACCGAGUACCACGCCCGCCACAAGCCCCUACCCCCCGAUCCCAAGUGGGACGUCACCAUACGCAACUACCCGACCAAGGCCCACGAGUUGGCCCCCACGCCCCCCGACUGGGAGAACUUUUCGGACGUGAGCUCGGCCUCGAACCUCACCGUCACCCUCGAGCCGGCCACCACCGCGGCCAACCAACACCAGCCAACGACCUCCCAACACCCGGCCACCGACGUCCCCAUUGACGUGCACAUCCAGCCGACGUACACCAGAGCUCGUGGGUCGGAGCAGACCGAGCGCUGCUGCAACCUCGAGCGGCUCCUCGAGCCCCAGUACGCGGCCGAGUUCACGGAGGCGGAGCGGAAAAAGUGGCGAGAGAUCAUAACGACCGAGAGCACGCUCCGGAGUUUGCUGACCGAGGCGACGGUCAGGGAGGAUUACGAGCUCGUGAGGAGGGACUCGAGGUACGCGGGCCUGUUCCCCCCGGCCAAGUGGGACGUCAUCAUAAGGAUCCUUGGGGCACCGGGACCCGGGGGCUCGGUGCCCUCGUCGGGCUCGUCCACGGCGAGGACCCCGACCAACGGCACCGGCCAGAGGUACAAGCGAGCCAAGUCGACCGAGUGGGACAACAGGUCGCGACGCUCGUCCCUACCCACCCUCUACGAGUACGAGAGCGACGGUGGCAGCUCCGCAAGGACCUUCACGCGGCUGGCCACUGCCGGACCGGGUGGCAUCUUACCGGGCACCAGAAUCAGGAGACUAAGCUCGACGACGAGGGGUGGCAGCGAGGCGGACCUCCGGUCCAUGUCCGAGAUGACGGUGCGGGACUUUGCGCGGCUCGACAGGGACGACCAGACGAGCUUGUCGUCGUACGACGGCGACAGCAUGGUCCGGUCGCUCAGCCAGCCCAGCUUGGCGCGCUCGGGCUCCGAGUUCACGGAGCACUGGGGCCUGCCGGCGCGCAACCUGCCCCACUGGGGCGCCGAUGACGACGAGGACGAGGAAAUGGGGGAGGAGCAGGCGUGCAGCUCGACGGAGACGACGCCCAGGCCGGUCCGGAGACGGGAGCUCCUCAGGCAGCACGAGUCCACCACGGGGGGACAACCUACCGCCUCGGCCACGGGUUUCGUCAGGUCGUCGAGGUACAGCGAGAUGCGGCUCCAGCAACAACAGACCAGCUCGGCAAAGCGGCCUGGCUGGUUCCACGACGACUCCGAGCCCGAAAUGCAGAUCUGAGCGUGCCCGUGGAAACGCAGCUUCCCGGUGGUCGCGUGCACCGCGGUACACCUCGUGGAAUAUGAGUUCAUACACGAUAGGCCCCAAUACCAUAUAAUAUAAUACAUAUUAGGUAC